AUGUUGGGACAUAUUGCUGGUAGACCCUCGCCCUCGUGGGACAAGAUCCAAGCGGUCGUCGUGCUCUUCAUGAGCUACAUCGCUUUAAGGAAAUGCCCUCCAAAUGGCCCACGCCUAUUCCAACGGUUGCACCAUCUACUUAAAAGGUUCACGCCCUGGCAGAUCCUCAUUGGGGCCCUGACCACUGUCUAUGCCACUCAUCACGCAGAUAUUCUUCUCGGGUUGACACCUGCAGAGCCCGAAAAAAAGAUGUUCUCGCGUCGAUACACUCGUGGAUACACACGUGGGUUAUGGAUCUUUUCAGCUCUUGAUGCCGGGUUUUUCAUGGCACAGAACAUCCGUCCUAAAAUCCUUCGGGAUACUAUGUCGGCUAUCUUUUCUGUUUAUUACCUGUUCUUCCCCAAGCGUGCACUUGAAAAGAAUAAUUUAAUGAUCAGAACCAUCACGGCCAAACAUAUGCGUCUCUCUUGGGAAAAAAUGCUACAUCCUCUUAUUCGUCUCAUGACAUGGGUGAAUGCACCUCGAUUGGGUAUUAGCAAAACCAUCACAGUCAAGCUCUCGAAGGAUGCAGGAUACCAUCAGGAUGCACUCGUUACAUUGACCUUGUUCUUCAGAGGCACUGAAGAAGAGCUCAAGACCCAGGAAGCCUUUAUUUAUAACAUCCCAGGUGGAGGCUAUGUAGCCAUGAACCCUCGUUGUCAUGCCGAUUACCUCAUGGCUUGGGCAGGACAAACCGGAAUACCAAUUAUCAGUAUUGAAUAUAAGAAAGCCCCUGAAUAUCCCUUCCCUCAAGGCGUUUACGAAUGCUUUGACGUAUAUAAAUUGCUUACUGCCACCAACGGCACUUGUAUUGGCCUUAAUGGAUCUGGUAUCCCACGUAUCGUCCUAUCAGGAGACUCUGCAGGUGGAACAUUUGUCGCAUCGGUGAUGAAUAUGAUUAUUGAGCACACUCCAGCGUUGCCUCGACCUGUUGGUUUGCUGAUGAUAUAUCCAUGCAUGCUGGUUGGGUUAGAUUUUUGGAUUAGCAAUAAUGAUUUGGCUGUCGUGGAAGAGGAGAUUGCACGUGGACCUAUUCCUUCUGACCAUUUGACGUCCAGACCAGGCCGUGGCGAUGGCAUGACUUUGAACAGCAAGGCAGCAUUCAUGGAUGAUCAGAUCCUUGGCUCUACAUUCCUUCGAGCGCUAAUGGUCAUGUAUAUUGGAGGAGAUCCUACACUUGACCAUAAAUCAAACUACUUUCUUUCGCCUAUUCAUACACCUGACCAUAUCUUGGCGCAGUAUCCACGAACAUAUAUUCUUUGUGGCGAGAAAGACCCAUUGGUAGACGACUCCAUCAUUUUCAUGGCAAAACUGCGUCGUGCUAAGCGUGGUGCCGCAGUUGAUCUACAGAGUGAUACCUUGCGUAUUGUCAGCGGCAUCUCGCAUGCAUUUUUGCAGAUGACCGGCAUUGUUCCAGAGAUGAGAGAUUUAGUCAGAGUACUUGGAGAAGAGUUAUUAGAUAUGGUCAAGACCCCAGUGGUUCCUCAAAAACAAGCGUGGGGAGAGGCUAGUAUAGCAUCUUUGUCAGAGGAAGAAAGUAUAGGAAGCUCAGGCUUGGUGCAAGUCAAGACCCCUCCAAAACCCAUUCCAAAUCCAAGAAAUAUCAAUCCUUUUGUUGCCGAGUGGGAGCAAAGGAAUACUAGGGAUGCUGUAACUAUUUUUGAACAUCGCCGUGUGGCCUACUUGGAUCAGCUAGGCAUCGACACACACGAGGAUUAG